AUGUCAGGCGGAGCGACGCGCCGAUCGACGGACCCCUCCUCAGUCGCAUCAUAUGCAAUAACGGCUCAACAUUUGGACGAUGAUGCUAGGGCGUCCCCUGUAGGCGACGCGCGCCGCCCUCGCCUGAGCGACGUGAGAAGUGGACGAAGGCUACCUGCCCAAGGACGGGACAGGCUAAAGAAGCAAGUCCGACCACAACUACGAUUACGGUGUGGGACCCUCAACAUCGGCACCAUGACCGGAAGAAGCCGCGAGUUGGCCGACGCACUCAAGACCCGUCGUGUCGACAUCGCCUGUAUUCAAGAGACGAAAUGGAAAGGAUCAAAAGCCAGAGACAUCGGCGAAGGCUUCAAACUGUAUUACAACGGCGCACAAGCACAAAACGGCGUGGGAAUCGUGAUCUGCCAGAAGCUACAAGACAACGUCAUAGAAGUCAGCCGAGUCUCAGACCGCCUCAUGUCACUCAAGAUUGACACUGGCUCAGCCGUGCUCCGAGUUGUAUCGUGCUACGCGCCCCAAACCAAUUGCCCCGACGACGAGAAAGACCGAUUCUGGGAAAGCCUCGACGCCCACCUACGAUCAUUUGCCCCCGAAGAACACAUAGCUGUCGGUGGCGACCUCAACGGCCACGUGGGUCAAGAGCGAACCGGAUACGAACGGGUCCAUGGGGGCCAAGGACGAGGAGCCCGUAACGACGAUGGCACACGAGCGCUGGACUGCGCAGAGGCCCAUGAUUUCGCCAUAGUCAACACUUUCUUCAAAAGAAGCAAAUGCAUCAGAUAACAUACUCCAGCGCCGGCGCGAGACACCCAGAUCGACUACUGGCUCUUUCGGAGGUGUCACUUCAACUUGGUCCGUGACGUAAAAGUGAUCCCAUCAACAAACGUCGCCCCCCAACACCGGCUGCUAGUCAUGGACCUACACCUAGCCCUUGGCCAGCGUCGAAUGGUACGAACAACAACCGCCGAAAAGAUCAAAUGGUGGAGACUCGGCGAGUGGAAGCAAGAGCUUACAAAAGAGCUCGCCCGCAUGGACGUGGACCCUGACCAGCCAGUAGCGGACACCUGGGAUGCCAUCUCCAGCCAGAUCUCCGGCUGCGUCCGCAACCCUUGGACGGACGAAACCGGAAGAAAAUUCAUCGAUAAACAAACAUGGUGGUGGAACGAAGAAGUGCAAGAACCCAUCAAAGCGAAGAAGAAAGCCCUGAAGAAGUGGCUCCAGUCCAGAGACGAUGAAGACUACCAACAAUACAGAACAUCCAAGUUGAUGGCGAAGAUGCCGACCCGUCUCUGGCCCCGUCCCGCCAAUUACCAUCGCAGAAGUCACAACUGCUGUCAAGAAGAUGAAGAACGGAAGGCGACCGGACCUGAUGACAUUCCUGCUGAAGUGUGGAAGCUGCUUGGGCAACGUGGAGCCGCGACGCUAUGCGAUCUCUUCAACCAAAUCGUCAGAGGAGGCGAAGUCCCCAAGGCCUGGACCACCAGCAUAACAGUGCCCAUUUGGAAAGGCAAAGGCGACGUGGCCGAGUGCUCCAACUAUCGCCCAAUCCGCCUCCUAUGCCACACAAUGAAGAUAUUCGAGCGGAUCUUGGACGCCCGCCUCCGCCAUAUCGUCACCAUCACGCCAAAUCAAUGCGGCUUUGUCAAAGGCUGUGGAACAACCGAUGCAAUCCAUGCCGCCCGCCUUCUACUGGAGAAACAUCGAGAAAAGAACAAAGGUGUCCAUAUGGCCUUCCUGGACCUGGAGAAAGCGUUUGAUAGAGUGCCUCAUGACCUCAUCUGGCAUGCGUUACGAGCGCACGGUGUACCAGAAGCAUACGUCAACUGGGUCAAGCUCCUGUACCGCAACGUCACCAGCAUGGUCAGGUGCCCAGUGGGAACAUCACCGCCCUUCGCCAUCAAUGUGGGCGUGCACCAGGGAUCAGCGCUAUCGCCGCUCCUGUUCAUUUUGUGUAUGGACACAGCAACGGCGGACCUCCAGACCCCCCACCCAUGGACGCUGCUGUAUGCGGACGACGUCUUCCUCUCGGACGAGACACGCGAAGCCCUACAGCAACAGGCCCAACGGUGGAAGGACCGGUUAGACACCAACGGCAUGAAGUUGAAUAUUAAAAAGACCGAAUACAUGGAAUGUGGCCUGCAAACCGAUGGUACCAUCAAGAUCGGGGAGGAAGACCUGAAGAAGACUACCGAAUUCAAGUACCUUGGCGCUGUCAUCAGCCACGACGGUGACCUGUCACCCGACGUCCGCGCAAGAAUCAACGCCGCAUGGGCCAAGUGGCGCCAAGUCACUGGCGUGCUCUGCGACCGCCGCAUGCCGGACAGCCUGAAGUCAAAAAUCUACAAAUCAGUGGUCCGCCCAGUUGCCCUAUAUGGAUCAGAGUGCUGGCCAGCCUCUGCGAAGCACGAACAAGCCCUAAGCACCAUGGAGAUGCGUAUGCUUCGCUGGAGCCUGGGCCUAACAAGAUGGGACUGUAUCAUGAACGCCGACAUCCGAAGGCGAAUGGGCAUAGCGCCAAUUGUAGAAAAGAUGCGAGAGGCAAGGCUGCGGUGGUACGGGCAUGUCACCCGAAGUGACCAGAACUCGGUGGCGCGAACGGCAAUGCGGCUCAACCCCGCAGGACGACGACCACGAGGAAGACCAAAGAAGCGGUGGAUGGACCGGAUCAGCGAAGACAUGAAAAUCGCCAAUGUCACCCCAGAAGACGCUUUAGACCGAGCCAAAUGGAGACGAUGUUGCAAGAGAGCGGACCCUGCGAUCAAGCGGGACAUAACGCCAGGAUGA